GAGUUGCUCGGCGUUGAGAAGAGCGCAACGCCCGACGAGAUCAAGAAGGCUUACCGGAAACUCGCCCUCAAGCACCAUCCCGACAAAGUUGCCGAAGACCAACGUGAAGAGUCCGAAGUCAAGUUCAAGGCCGUUACACAAGCCUACGAAAUCCUGCGCGAUGAGGAGAAGCGCGAGAUGUACGACCACCACGGCAUGGCCGCUUUCGACCCGAGCAGAGGUGGUGGUAUGGGCGGCCCCGAGGUCGAUAUCAACGACAUCCUGGCACAAAUGUUCGGCAUGGGAAUGGGUGGCGGACCUGGCGGACCAGGCGGCCGGCCGAGAGGUCCCAUGAAGGGACCUGACGAUGAAAACGCGUACCGUAUCUCCCUCGAAGAUCUCUACAAGGGCAAGACUGUCAAGUUCGCCGCCGACAAGCAAAUUGUUUGCGGUACCUGCAAGGGUUCAGGAGCCAAGGAGAAGGUCAAGCCCGAGACCUGCCAACGCUGCAAGGGUCACGGCAAGGUCGAAGCCUUCCGACAAGUCGGUCCUGGUAUGGUGGCUAGAGAGGCUGCUGUCUGUGACAGAUGUGAGGGCUCUGGCACAAACAUCAAGGAAAAGGACCGAUGCAAGAAGUGCAAGGGCAAACGCACCAUCAAGGAGAGAAAGCCGCUUGAGAUCUACAUCCCGCGUGGUUCCUUGCAAGGUGACCGCAUUGUGCUAGAAGGCGAAGCAGACCAGCAUCCGGACAUGCGGCCUGGUGAUAUCGUCUUCGUUCUGGAGGAGGAACCCCAUGAUGUCUUCAACAGGAUUGGCGCCGAUUUGUCAGCAGAUCUUGAUAUCACGCUUGCAGAGGCUCUGGGUGGUUUCUCGCGGGUUGUCUUGGCACACUUGGACGGUCGCGGUAUCAAGAUCUCGCACCCCCGAGGCAAGAUCCUGCGACCAGGUCAGGUGCUGAAGGUAGAGGGUGAAGGUAUGCCGCACAAGCGAGGUGAGGCGAAGGGUGACCUGUACCUCAUGGUCAAGAUCAACUUCCCAGAAGAUGGAUGGUUGAAGGACGAGAGCCAAUACGAUGCUCUCUCGAAAAUUUUGCCCGGCCCACCCGAGCCCAUCAAGGCGGAAGAGGAGGAUGAGGUGGAGUACGAUGAUGAUGCGGACAUUGAAGAGGUAAAGCUUGUUCAACCCCAGUUAUUCUCAUCCUGA